AUGAAUCUGCUGAGUGAGGAGGACGUAGUGGAAACGUUGGCUGUGACCGCUUCAUCGGGAUUUCAUGCGUACUCGUCUGGGUCAAAGUUUUCUGAUAAAUUAACUAAAUUGGAGCUCGAACAAGAAGAAAAGACGCAAACUUUUAUUGGAAAGGUAAAGGAGUUCCUUAAGAUACAGUUGUUUGGCUACCCAAACGAAUUGGAGAAAUACAUAUUAGAAAACGAGCCAAACGACUGUGCAUUAAUUGCAAAGUAUAGGCAAACAACGCACAUUGAUUUGACAAAAGAGCCGACUUUGUCAGUCGAUAGUUUAACUUUGAACACCUUGCAUAUUCCACACCCCCUUGAAAGCUUCAUGAGAAAUGAAAACCACCAGCAAGCGAAUGGAGAUGUGUUGGAAAACGUAAACAAAGAGCUAAAGGAUAGUCCGAUUUUGGUUUUCAUUCAUGGUUUGGGUGGACAGAUGUCCCAAUUUGAACCUUUGAUGGGAUUAUUGUCGCAAUGUGCAGAGAUUGUGUCUUUGGAUUUGCCGGGCUUUGGCAAUUCUAAAGCAAGUGUUGGACGUAACAAAUCCAUAUCAAGUAUAAGUGAGACAGAGCAGCAAAGAAUUUCCUCAUCUGUUCAAAAAUUGUCGUGGGAGGACUUUCUGACGGAAAAUAUUGCCAAUAUUGUAUAUGCUUACCUACAGAAACAGGUCCCUGAAAAGAAAGUGAUCUUGAUUGGCCAUUCCAUGGGGACUCAUCUUGCUGUUCGUGUUGCAAAGAAAUUACCGGAGCACAGAGUCGAAGGAUUGGUUCUUCUAUCCCCGCCAGACUUAAUUGAUGAUUCGGUACCUGGGCUGCAAGACUUGGAAGUUGGAGGUUUGUCCUGGGUAUUCAGACUAUUUGUCCAUCUCCUGUUCCUAUUCAAUUUGUUUAGGACUUUGGACAGACUUCCUGGUUUGCAAAGCAAGAGUGUGCGUCGACAAUUACCAAGGAAUAGUCUGUUAUACAACAGACUAAGGCAAUUUCGUUGGAAUUUGGAUAUCGACUCGUCGACCUUAUUGAAAUAUGUCCAUGGGUUCAAGAAAAUCAAAAUGUCUGACUUGGUAGUGGCGAUUAACCGAUUCAAUAACAACAAAAGGGAUGACCGUGCUUACCAAAAGACAUUGUUGGUGUGUGGGUCAGAAGACCAUGUGACCAGUGUCAAGCAUAUCCACCACAUUGACCAUUACUUGACGACCACUUUUGGCCGAAAGAUUUCGUCAGCAUUGGAGGUCAAAGAGGCAGGACAUUCAUUAUUGCUUGCAAAGCCAGAACUAACCAGUGGACUGAUCUUGAAUCACAUUGAGUACAAGCUACCGCAGCGGCUAAAUUUAUCACCUGCAUGGGUUUUGAAGGUAAAAGCGCUAAUAUCAGGGGACAAGUGGGGGUUGAAGAAUGAAGAGAAGUGGCUCAAUUUGAAACCCAUAUCUGAUAAUAUCAAGAGAGGCAACGAAAUUUCCCCAUUGUUGGGAAUGAAGACUUUGAGGGAGGGAGAUUCUGUUCACUCCCCAGGGGUCGUGGAAUCGCAAUAUUACAACCAAGAAAGCAACGUCAGGGGUAGACUAAUUGCCAUCAUUGAUAUAUCAUCAGAUAUCCCACCUUACAAUCCUCAAUCUUUCAAACACGUCCACUACUAUAAAUGUGCAACAGUAUCCAAAGUUGUUCCCGAUCAAGCAUCCAUACGAAGAUUUAUCAACUUGGUAAAGGAGAUUCUUGAAAAAUCUGACGAGGAGCAGCCACUCAUCGGGGUGCAUUGUCACUACGGCUUCAAUAGGACGGGGUUUUUAAUUUGUUGUUAUUUGAUUGAGGAGUUGGGAUGGUCUGUGAAGGAAGCAGUGGACGCGUUUAAGCUCGCAAAACCACCAGGUAUCAAACACCCUCACUUUAUAGACGCGCUAUACGUUAGAUACGAUGUCUAA